UUCAGUUUUCGUCAUGAGCGGCGAUGAGCUCGCGCGGGUUUACCGAGGCACGCUCGCGCACUCCACCCGGCAGUCCGCACUGUGCGUGCUCGCGGACUCUGUACUGGGAGUGAACGCGCGGGGCAAGAUUGUAUUUGUUGAAGAUGGACAGAAUGUGGACAGACUGUCUCAGGACUGGGGGUUUGAACCCUCAGACGUGGAACAGCUCGGAACUUAUGAGUUUUUGAUGCCGGGGAUGGUGGACACCCACAUUCACGCCCCACAGUACCUUUACUCAGGGACCCACCUGGACCUGCCGCUCUUGGACUGGCUCAGCACGUACACGUUCCCUGUCGAGUCGCGCUACGAGGACCUGGAAUUCGCCGAGGACGUGUACAACAAAGUAGUGAAAAGAACUCUAUGCAACGGCACCACGACCGCCUGCUACUUCGCCACCAUACACACGGACGCCUCGCUCCUGCUCGGACAGAUUGCAGAUCACUUUGGGCAGAGGGCUUUUGUAGGGAAGGUCUGCAUGGACCUCAACAGCAUGGUGCCGCACUAUAAAGAACAAGCGCAGGAAAGCCAGGAGGAGACGCUCCGCUUCAUCCAUGAACUUCUCGAGCGAAAGUACGCUCACGUGAAGCCGGUAGUGACCCCCAGGUUUGCCGUGUCUUGUUCCUCGUCUCUCCUCAGCAGCCUGGGAAAGAUCAGCAAGAAUUAUGAUCUCCGCAUUCAGAGCCACAUCAGUGAAAACAAAAGCGAGGUCGAGCUGGUGAAGAAGCUCUUUCCGAACUGCGCGUCGUACACGGACGUCUAUUUGAAACACGACCUGCUGACACACAAGACGGUGAUGGCUCAUGGGUGCUACCUGUCGGACGAGGAGCUGAAGAUCUUCCGCGAGAAAGGAGCGGCGAUAUCGCACUGCCCCAACAGCAACAUCUCCUUGAUCAGUGGCAUGCUUAACGUGAGGAACGUCCUAAACCACAAGGUCAAACUGGGAUUGGGCACAGAUGUAGCCGGCGGCUACUCCACAUCCAUGCUAGAUGCCAUUCGCAGAGCCAUGGACACGUCCAAGGCCCUGAGCAUGCAGGACCCUCAUCUACAGCCUCUCACCUUCAAAGAAGCCUUCCGUCUGGCCACACUCGGGGGCAGUGAAGCACUCAUGCUGGACGACUGUAUAGGAAACUUUGAGGUGGGGAAGGACUUUGAUGCUCUGCGAGUGAACCUGUGUGUUCCUGGAAGCCCCGUCGAUGUGUUUCCUGGAGACGGCCCCGAGGUUAUUCUGGAGAAAUUUCUCAAUCUGGGUGAUGAUCGGAACAUCGUUGAAGUCUACGUGGCUGGGAGGCGAGUGGUGCCUUUUCAUGAACCCUAGUCAGUUCAUCUGGUUUUACGAAGUCCGGUUAACCGGGAGUUAAUGGUGCUGCACAGAAGAGAGCACUUUAUUAGAACAGUGCCAUGAAAAAGUAUUUACCCCCCUUUCUGAUUUCUUCAGUGUUUGUAUAAUUGUUACAAUUAGGUUCAGAUCGUCAAACCAAAAAAAACCCAUUUAUUAUUAUUUAAUUAAUCCAAUUAAGCACAUUCAAUAGAUGACCAGGUUUAGGUUCAGACCAGACAGACUCAGACUUGAUUACUGCAGCCAUGUUCAAUCUGAACAUCACUGCAGGACCAGCAUGCUUUGCCUACCUCAAAUAACCAGUGUUUAUGACUCCACUGUUAGAGAGAAUAAGAAUGGUGUAUGAUAGGGGCAUCCAGUGGAGAACGAAUAGGAACAUAAAGGCUCGUCUUAUGUUUGCCAAAAAACAUCCUGAUGACCUUUCAAGCCUUUUGGAAUAUACGUAGAUUGUGGACUGGGGGUGGAAUUCUUUUUGAAAGACAUGGGUCCUGUUGCAUCUGGCAUAACGUUAACACAGCCUUCCACAACGAGAACAUGAGAACAUGAGUGUGAUGGUGUGGGGAUGGCUAUUGUUCGGUCACUGACCUUUUUCCCCUAAUAAAUAAAACUAAUAUGGAAUCGAGGAAAUCAAAGGGGGUCAUAUACUUUUUUAUGAUACUGUGUCAUAAGAUGUAUGUUGAAAUUUUAAUAUCUAUAUUUUAGAUAUUUUAAUAAAAUUAACAUUUUACAAUUUUCACCUUGGUAGCAUCUCGCCUUCAUUUGAGACCAACCAUUGUUGGUACAGGGUGUAGAUGUUUAGUUAGGAGAGUUUCGAUGGAUCAUGAGAUUAAACCACAUUAACUGACCACAAAUAUGUUUUGUGUAUCUGUUUACCCAGAGUCAGUAAUUCAGGAGUGUAUUUGCAUUUUCAUUGGGUUCAUUUUAUAUAAUGAGUCGUCAUCCAGGGUUGGUCGGGCGUCUACAAACAAACACGAUUGUCUAUGCUUGGCCGGGGGGCGGAUGGUCAAGGCUCUGUGAAGGAUUGCCGUCCGGUCUGAGAUGUGUUCCUGCAUUGCACCCGGUGAUUGUAGGAAAGCUGGACCCACAGUGACCCUGACCAGAAUAAAGCGGUGGUAAAACAUAGAAAUGAAAUAAAAAAUUAAAUAAGCUG